CACUUACUUCCUCAAUUUAUGCAAGUAAAUGCGCGCCCUCAGUAUAGACUGGUUAUUGCAGCGUAGCUGACUAACUAGCUAUAUAACUUAUUGAUUGCAUUUCUAGCUAGGUCCAUCGUUUGGCUCUUUGAUCUUUUCUUGAAUUAAACAACAUCUCUCUAGAAAAAUGAUCCCAGAGCUGUCCAGUCCCUCAGUGUGUAUGAGGGACCCUCCCAGGGUGGAGGAGAUCAUCAAGACCAUGCAGAAGGCUGGCACCAGCAAGAUUCAGGUCAUUUCAGACUUUGACAUGACCCUCACACGGUUUGCCUACAAUGGGAAGCGGUGCCCUACCAGUCACAAUAUCCUGGACAACAGCAAGCUCAUCAGUGAGGAGUGCAAAGCACAGCUGAAGGACCUGCUCAACACAUAUUACCCCAUAGAGAUCGAUUCCAAACGGACAGCGGAGGAGAAGCUGCCCCUCAUGGUGGAGUGGUGGACUAAAGCCCAUACUCUUCUGGUGCAGCAGCGCAUCAGGAAAGACCUGCUGCAGGAUGUGGUGAAGGAGUCCGAUGCUAUGCUCAGGGAGGGCUACCAGCUGUUCUUUGACCACCUGCAGGAGCACAGCAUCCCUCUGCUCAUCUUCUCUGCUGGGCUAGGAGACGUGCUGGAGGAGGUGAUCCGCCAGGCCGGGGUCUUUCACCCCAACGUCAAGGUCUUCUCCAACUACAUGGACUUUGAUGAGACUGGAGUGCUGAAGGCCUUCAAAGGGGAGCUGAUCCACAUCUAUAACAAGAGGGAGGGAGCUCUGCUGAACACGGGCCACUUCCAGGAGCUCAAGUCACGCCACAACGUCCUGCUGUUGGGAGACUCUCUGGGGGACCUGACCAUGGCUGAUGGGGUGCACAGCAUGGAGAACAUCCUCAAGAUCGGCUUCCUCAACGACAAGGUGGAGGAGAGGAAGACGUCCUACCUGAAUGCUUAUGACAUCGUGCUGGUGAAGGAUGAGACCAUGGAAGUGCUGAACGCCCUGCUGCUCCACCUCACCAGAACCAAGUGACCUGGCCAUGAAAUUCAUCUCACUGGCCAAUCGGUAACGAGCCUUCCGACGCUACAGGAAGUACUGGUUUAGGAAGCUCUUGCUCAGGAAGUGCCAGUAGUCCGAUACCAUGAGUCAAGUCAGAAUGGUAUUGUUUUUGGUUUGUCUUUUACUAAACCUCCAAUGGCUUUUUGUGUGGGCCGCUGGGAUGGAUCCCAGACUGUGUUUUGGAGUCUCCCUUCCACGCUCCUCCAGUUGAAUCCUUGUUGAACACUUACAACUUGAGAGCAACAUCCUUUACAGUCCUACAAUUUGAUUCGAUUUACUCGACAACCCUACUAUCACAUUCUGAAUUGUUUACGAACCGUCAAUAGUCCAACUGAAAUGGGACAGGAAAACUAGGUGACUUCCCCAUCUGGUAAAUGUGUAUUGGGUUCAAGGGGAGAGAAAUGUUACUGGUGAUAUGUCUACAUAUGAGGAAUAUACAGUAGAAGUCAAAAGUUUGGACACACCUACACAUUCAUGGGUUUUUCUUUAUUUUAACUAUGUUCUACAUUUUAGAAUAAUAGUGAAGACAUUCAAACUAUGAAAUAACACAUUUGGAAUCAUGUAGUAACCAAAAAGGUGUUAAACAAAUCUAAAUAGAUUUGAGAUUCUUCUAAGAAGCCACCCUUUGCCUUGAUGACAGCUUUGUACACUCUUGGCAUUCUCUCAACCAGCUUCACCUGGAAUGCUUUUCCAACAGUCUUGAAGGAGUUCCACAUAUGCUGAGCACUUGUUGGCUGCUUUCCCUUUACUCUGCGGUUCAACUCAUCCCAAACCAUCUCAAUGGAGUUGAGGUUGGGUGAUUGUGGAGGCCAGGUCAUCUGAUGCAGCACUCCGUCACUCUCCUUUUUUGGUCAAAUAGUCCUUAGAUAACCUGGAGGUGUGUUGGGUCAUUUUCCUGUUGAAAAAUACAUGAUAGUCCCACUAAGCGCAAACCAGAUGGGAUGACGUAUCGUUGCAGAAUGCUGUGGUAGCCAUGCUGGUUAAGUGUCCCUUGAAUUCUAAAUAAAUCACAGACAGCAAAACACCAUCACACCACCUCCUCCAUGCUUCACGGUGGGAACCACACAUACAGAGAUCAUCUGUUCUCACAAAGACACAGUAGUUGGAACCAAAAAUCUCAACUUUGGACUCAAACCAAAGGAGAUUUCCACCAGUCUAAUGUCCAUUGCUCGUGUUUUUGGUCCAAAGCAAAUCUCUUCUUAUUGGUGUCCUUUAGUAGUGUAUCUUUGCAGCAAUUCGACCAUGCAGUCUCCUCCUCCUGAUUCAUGCAGUUGAUGUUGAGAAGUAUUUAUUUGGGCUGCAAUUUCUGAGGCUGGUAACUCUAAAGAACUUAUCCUCUGCAGCAGAGGUAACUCUUGGUUUUCCUCUCCUGUGGUGGUCCUCAUGAGAGCCAGUUUCAUUAUAGCGCUUGAUGGUUUUUGCGACUGCACUUGAAGAAACUUUCAAAGUUCUUGAUAUUUUCCGCAUUGACUGACCUUCAUAUUUUAAAACAAUAAUGGAUUGUCAUUUCUCUUUGCUUAUUUGAGCUGUUCUUGCCAUAAUAUGGACUUUUACCAAAUAGGUCUAUAUUCUGUACCUUGUCACAACACAACUGAUUGGCUCAAACGCAUUAAGAAGGAAAGAAAUUCCACAAAUUAACUUUUAACAAAGCACACCUGUUAAUUGAAAUGCAUUCCAGUUGACUACCUCAUGAAGUUGGUUGAGAGAAUCCCAAGAGUGUGCAAAGCUGUCAUCAAGGCAAAAGGUGGCUACAUUGAAGAAUAUCAAAUAUAAAAUAUAUUUUGAUUUGGUUAAUACAUGAUUCCAUAUGUGUUAUUUCAUAGUUUUGAUGUCUUCACUAUUAUUCUACAAUGUAGAAAAUAGUUGUUGUUUUUUAAAUAAAGAAACACACUGGAAUGAGUAGGUGUGUCCAAACUGUUGUAUGGAUCUAGAUGUUGUUGUCUUCUCUGUAUAGAUGAAAGGUGAAGGAGUUACGGUUUGUUUGUCUUGUGGGACAUAUCUUUGUCAUAUAAAGGGAAAGAAGACAGGAUAAAGGUCAAAUCUAACUGUACUUUUACCUUGUCAGUUUGAAACGCCACUGUCUUAUCUUAGUGUUCUAUACACACUGUUUUAUCUUAGUGUUCUAUACACACUGUCUUAUCUUAGUGUUCUAUACACACUGUCUUAUCUUAGUGUUCUAUACACACUGUCUUAUCUUAGUGUUCUAUACACACUGUCUUAUCUUAGUGUUCUAUACACACUGUCUUUUUUUGUUUCGUAAGACUUUGUUCUCCCUAAUUUUCUUGAAAAGUGUCUAUUCUACGAGAGUGACUACAGUAAAUGAUGUUCAUGUUAGACGCUUAUUUACUUUCAGAUCUUAAUAACAGACUACUGUUUUAUGUGGAUGUCAUCAGUAUGGAAUCUGGUGAUACUGUGCCUUGGUAUUAUGGCAUAGGUUUGUGUGCGUGGCUACGUUUUUAUACAAUGGACUUUUUGGGCGCCACAGUGCCACCAUGUGGUCAAAGUAAUAGUAAUUCGAGCCAUGUGUAUAUAUUGACAUUUACAGUAUCACUCCAUGCUGGUCUCAAAGAAUCCAUCCACCUUCAGCCUUAAUACAUUGAAAGUAUAUGAGUCCUUGAAUAUUUGGCGUGUUUGUAUUUUCUCUGAAAUGCCAUCACUUUCUGUAAAACAGCGUAGUUUUAUGUUCGAUUUUUUCAAGUCCUGUGAAAGUAAUGGUUGACCUAUUCGGUCUAUGGUGAAGAACAUCUGAAUAUUUAGUACUUUUAAUUUUUUUGUAUGAUGGCAAAACAUUUCAUUGCCACAUAACAGAGGUUUUUAGUUCUUGGUAAAGCCAUGGCAUCUGAUUCUAUUGCUAUUAUUAGUAUGUUUUGCCAAAUUAUAGUUUCACCCAGUUACAUGUUUAAAGAUUUGAAGUGGAACUCCAUUCAUAUUAAAUGGUGAUGUCACUUGUACAGUGCGCAAGAAUCAGGUCAUACAUUUCUCUUGUGACGUGUGUUACUGAGGGGACAGUGUCAACUACAUCCUCGACUGAGUGUCACUAGAUUGUAUUUUUUCGCCUGUAUGAGAUAUGUAGGCAUAACAGGAUAACCUUUCCACAUCUGUAAAUAAAAUGUGACCACGGAACCCUCGUUUCAUUUCA